CUCAUCCAAGCUGUUCUUGUGGCCGGCACUUCAACCAUCACAAAAGAGACCGAAAGUGCUCUUCACUACCUUGCAGCAUGGAGUUUUGUUGAAAUGGCUAAGCUACCAGACUUUCAGCGUAUUCCUUACCAUCAGUUCGUUAUGCUUCUAGCAAGUUGCGAGCUUCACGUUCCCCAUGAAAUCGUGGCUGCUGAUGCCGCUCUUCUCUGGCUUGUUGGCCAACCUCAUCCAGCCGUUUAUGUGCCUGGCGUGUUUUCUGUGAUUCGUUCCGCUUAUCUAAACAAAGUUGAUCGCCAGCUGAUCGUUGAGCGCAUAGCAACUCUUCAAAUGCCUGAAUCGGUAAGAUUCCCUAACCAUGACUCAAGCAAAACUCUCUCUCAGUUAUUUUCUUGA